AAUAAACAUGUACAAGGCUGUGCUUUUGGUAUGCGCUCUGGCGCUCAUGAUCCAGUCCAUUGCUGGAGCAUGCAUUGGAGCUGGAUUGGCUGGCGCUCCCUUCGGCGUUGGUCCCAUUGGUCUCGCUGAACCUUUUGGUCUCGCAGGACCGUUGGGUCUCGCUGAACCUUUCGGAUUCGCUGGACCUUAUGGUAUCGGUGAACCAUUUGGUCUCGCUGGCCCUUACGGAGCACACGGAACUUAUGGUCUCGGCUACGGCGCCGGACCUUUCCGUACCGGUUAUGGAUACGGCACCCUAAUCUAGAACCUGACACACAUCAUAUAUAUUUUGGAUUAUAUUUUUAACUGAAUAUAUUUCACAUGAAAACUUUCGAACUUAUUUUAACUUUAUUAAAAAU